UGUUUGGGGCCUUUUCAGAAUUCCAAGAUGGCGGCGGCCACCCGGCUGUGCUGUGUCCUCCGGGUAUCAUUAGGAGGUGCUAGAACAUUAGGGGGUUCUGGAUUGUUCUCCUCCGUGGCUCGGCCCAGUGGAAGUUGGAUUUGUCCGGCGGCUGCUGUUCCUGCGUCUCCGGCUGCCUGGAGUCAGACUCGUCAUUCCAGCUUCUUCAACAAACUGACUGCAGAUGAGCUGUGGCGCGGUGUGUUAGCCGAGAGCGGCGCCGGGUCCAGGAAGGGUCGAGGGAAAAGAACCAAACGCAAAAUGAAGAAAGACCUGAAUCGAGGACAGAACAUCGGAGAGGGUCGUGGCGGGUUCCUCUGGCCGGGUCUGAACGUUCCCGUAAUUAAAGGCGGAACCAUCCAGUCGUUCUCUAAGCGAGGGGAGGUGGAGCAGCAGGAGUUGAGGGCGGAGCUUGAGCGUCAGAGGGACGAGUGGGACAGGAAGAGGAAGAUGAAGAUAAAGAGGGAGAGGGGCUGGUCAGGAAACUGCUGGGGAGGAAUCAGUCUCGGACACCCAGACCCCGGACCGAACGGAGAAACAUACGAGGAUUUUGACUGCAGAGUUAUUGAGGUAAAGAGUGUGUUCAACAUGACAGCCAAAGAGGGCAGGAAAAGGUCGAUCAGUGCCCUUGUUGCCGUGGGCAACAGUAACGGAGCUGCAGGCUUUGCUUUGGGAAAGGCCACAGACAGAACCACAGCCCUGAGGAAGGCCAAGAACAGAGCGAUGCACUACCUCUACUACAUCGAGAGAUACAACGACCACACCAUUUAUCACGACGUCGAGUCGACCUUCAAGAGAACCACACUGCGCAUGAAAAAACAGAAUAAAGGAUACGGGCUGCACUGUCACAGGGCUGUAAUAACUCUGUGUAAGCUGAUCGGGAUUAAGGACAUGUACGCUAAAGUGGAGGGAUCAGUGAAUCUGCUCAACAUCACCCGCGCACUCUUCCAGGGCCUGGCCAAUCAGGAGACGCACCAGUCGCUGGCCGACAGGAAGCAGCUGAACGUGGUGGAGUUUAGCGAGGAGCGAGGUCCGCUGCCCGUGGUGGUGGCGCGGCCGCAGCUCGGAGCCCGGAGCGAUCCGGAAGUGGAGGACGACGUUCCGAACACGAAGCUGCACUGGGCCGACGUUCAGCUGGCGCAGGGCAUGAAGCGCUCGGUGUGGGCCGGCGUCAAGAGAACCAUCUGGUGAUAAGUUUCACUUAAAAACACUCUGAACUCCGAGAGCGAGUAACACGCUGGGAGAAGUGCAGAGAACACAAACAGCAAAGUUCUGAGCACAGACCCGGCUCUCGGCGCGGGUCAGAACCAAGAGAUCCGCCUACACCGUGUUUAUAAUUACUCUUAUUGUUAAAGAUUAAUAAAUGUUUCAGAAAAUA